AAAAAAAAAAAAAAAAAAAAAAAAAAAACAUCCUCACCAUCCUACAGAAGCAUCAAUAACAACAUUAUCAUGACAAAGUCCCUUACCAUUGAAGUUGGCCCCACUGAAGUCCACGGUGAGACUAGAAUCCGCCGUUCAGUUAUGUCGCCUACAGAUCUCAUCUCAACCCCAUUCGAUGAUAUCAAGACUCUGUAUGAUGUUAUUCGACAUUCCGCCAAGACGCGUCCUAACAUGGACGCGAUCGGUUACCGUAAGGUGAUCAAGAUGAUCGAGGAAGAAAAGGAGGUUACCAAAAUGGUCGGUGGCUCGCCUGUCAAGGAGAAGAAGAUCUGGAAAUAUUUCAAACUUUCUGGUUAUAAUUGGAUGACAUACAAAGACACACAAGUCGUAGUAGACAGCAUUGGUGCAGGUCUCCGCAAGUUUGGUGUCCAACCCAAGGACAAAAUGACUGUGUUUGGUGCCACAAGCGCAAACUGGCUGUUGGUUGCACAUGGAGCUUUUGCGCAAUCCGUCACUAUCGUAACUGUUUAUGAUACCCUCGGUGAGGAUGGUUUGCUACACUCGAUGAACGAGGCUGAAGUCGCUACUACCUACACCAAUGCAGAUUUGCUCAACACCAUGAAGAAUGUCGCCGGUCGAUGCCCUACACUCAAGAGGAUCUUUUAUGAUGGCGAGGCCAAGGCUGCAGACGUGAUUGCGAUCAAGGAAGCUCACCCUCACUUGGAUAUCAUUACUUUGGAGGAGUUGAAGCAGAUGGGUAUGGAUAACCCUGUAGAGAAUGUUCCCCCAGCAGCUGAGGAUCUCUGCUGCAUCAUGUAUACCUCUGGAUCGACCGGAAACCCCAAGGGUGUGCUUUUGACCCACGGAAACUUGAUUGCUGCCAUUGGUGGUGCGAACAAAAUGCUGUCAAAGUACGUGCAUGAGGGCGAUGUGUUGCUUGCAUACUUGCCCCUGGCCCACGUCCUCGAGUUCUUGGUCGAAAACAUUUGCUUGUUCUGGGGAGCAGCUCUUGGAUAUGGCACUGUCCGUACACUCACAGAUGCCUCUGUACGAGAAUGUCAGGGCGAUAUCAAGGAGCUUCGACCUACGUUGAUGACAGGUGUACCCGCUGUCUGGGAGACAAUUCGAAAGGGAAUUUUGACCCAGGUCCAUAAAGGAUCACCCCUGAUUCAAUCCAUCUUCCAUGGUGCCAUGAAUGGCAAGGCCUGGUGCCUUGACCGCAAGUUGAGCGGAUUGACUGGUGUCUUUGAUGCAGUUGUCUUCAACAAGGUCCGACAGCAGACAGGUGGUCGUCUUCGUUUUGCACUCUCUGGAGGAGCUCCUCUCUCACAAGAGACCCAACGGUUCCUCACCACGGCUUUGUGCCCUGUUCUUCAGGCUUAUGGUAUGACAGAGUCAUGCGGUAUGUGCGCCAUCAUGACUCCCGAUGCUUUCCAUUACAACCGUGUUGGAUCGCCUGUACCCUGUACAGAAGUCAAGUUGGUGGACGUUCCUGAUGCAGGAUACUUAUCAACAAACUCACCCAAUCCUCGCGGUGAGGUCUGGAUUCGUGGACCCUCAAUCACAUCUGGUUACCUCAAGAACCCAAAGGAGUCAGCUGAGUCAUUGACAGCAGACGGCUGGCUUAUGACUGGUGAUGUUGGUGAGUGGCAUCCGGACGGAACACUCUCAAUCAUUGAUCGUAAGAAGAACCUGGUCAAGUUGUCACAUGGAGAGUAUAUUGCAUUGGAGAAGCUGGAAUCAGUGUACAAGAGUACAGAGUACUGCAACAAUAUCUGUGUCUAUGCUGACUCCAUGCAGAGCAAGCCCGUGGCGUUGGUCGUCGUGAACGAAUCGCUUGUGAAGGAGUUGGCGAAGAACAAAGGCAUUGAGGGCGAUUUUGAAGAAUUGUGCCAAAACAAGGAAAUUGUCAAAGCUGUCUUGGAUGCUUGCAAUUCUACGGGCAAGAAGGCUGGCCUUAAGCCCGCAGAGAUGCUGCAGGGUGCUUACUUGGAACACGAGGAAUGGACUGAUAAAGGUGGUUUGUUGACUGCUGCGCAGAAGCUCAAGCGCAAGGAUAUCAACCAGAAGUAUGCUGAGCAGAUCAAGCAGAUCUAUGCUUCAAGCUAA